AUGGCGAAAAACUGCUUCGACCUCGAAACGAUGACGUAUUCCUCACCAAGACAACCCAUCCACCUUCCCACCGAUCCCGAUCUCUCCUUAACCUCUUUCCUCUUUCAAUCCACUUCCUCCGUCGCCGACUCCAUCGCCCUCGCGGAUGCUCAAACCGGCGACUCACUAACCUUCCGUCAACUUGAAACCCAAGUCACCGCCCUCUCCCACUCCUUACUCCGCCUCGACAUCCAACGAGGCGACGUUGUUUUGCUAUUCGCACCUAACUCCAUACGCUUCCCUGUCUGCUUCCUAGCUAUAGUUUCCAUAGGUGCUAUUGCCACCACCUGUAGCCCUUUAUACACCGUUUCCGAACUCUCCAACCAAAUCCAAGACUCCAAUCCCAAACUCGUCGUUACUGUAUCGGAGCUUCUACACAAAAUCGAACAAUUGCAUUUGAAUUUACCUUCAAUAUUGCUUGACGAUGCUUCAACCAGAGUAUUAUCAUCGAAUAUAUCCAGUUCUUUGGUUUGGGACUACAAUGAUCUUACCGGAGAGUCAAACAAGAGCUCCAACGAGAUUCAUGCAAACGGUGUGGUUUCGCAAUCCGACGUGGCGGUGAUUCUGUAUUCUUCGGGAACCACCGGAAGAAGUAAGGGAGUGAUGCUGACUCAUCGAAACUUCAUAGCUACGGCAUUGGCGGGAGCAGCGGAUCAGGAUUAUUACGGCGAGGGGAAGAAUGUGGCUUUAUGUUUGGUGCCCAUGCAUCACGUGAUGGGAUUGGCCGUGAUAACGUACACAUAUCUGCGGAGAGGGAAUACGGUGGUCUCAAUGGUUAGAUUUGAACUGGAGAAAGCUUUGGCAACUGUGGAGAAGUUUAGGGUGACGCAUUUGUCUAUUGCUCCACCGGUGAUGGUGGAGCUCGUUAAGCGGCGUCAAGUUGUGAGCCGUUAUGACUUGUCGCCCCUGAAAAGGCUCGCCUGUGGUGCCGCUCCUUUGGGAAAAGAUGUGAUGAAGGAGUGUGCUAAAAUUCUACCUCAAACUAAAAUUGUUCAGGGGUAUGGCUUGACAGAAGCAUGUGGACUUGUUUCCGUAGAAAAUUCAAGGGAAGAAUGGUUCAUUUGUGGUUUAGGUUCAAGUGGAGCACUGCUUUCAAGUGUAGAAUCCCAAAUUGUUAGUUUAGAAACAUCGAAGACCCUACCACCGAAUCAAGUAGGAGAGAUUUGGUUACGAGGACCUACUAUGAUGAAAGGAUAUUUCAACAACCCAGAAGCAACAAAGCACACGAUUAAUGAUGAGGGAUGGAUGAUUACAGGAGAUCUUGGAUAUUUUGAUGAAAAGGGACAGUUAUUUGUUGUAGAUAGAAUAAAAGAGCUUAUCAAGUGUAAUGGAUAUCAAGUGGCACCAGCUCAACUUGAAGACUUGCUAGUUACUCAUCCUGAAAUUUCUGAUGCUGGAGUGAUCCCAUCCCGCGAUGCCAAUGCUGGUGAGGUUCCUGUGGCCUUUGUUGUCCGAUCUCGCAAUAGCUCAAUAACUGAGGAAGACAUUAAGAAAUUUGUAGCAAAACAGGUUGCACCAUACAAAAGGUUGCGGAGAGUAACUUUUAUAGACAAAAUUCCAAAGUCAAUCACAGGAAAGAUUUUAAGAAAGGAUCUCGUAAGUUUAGAUCGACAAAAGACAUCAAAAUUAUAG